AUGAAGAAGGAGAAUGAAGAAGAAGUGGAUAUGAUAGAGGAGGAAGAAGAAGAAGAGAUGAAGGAAGAUGAGGAAGUAGAGAUGAAGGAUGAAGUGGAAGAAGAAGAGAAUAUGAUAGAGAAGGAAGAAGAAGAAGAAGAAGAAGAAGAGGAGAUAAAGGAAGAGGAGGAAGUAGAGGAGAUUAUGGAGAAGGAGGAAGAAGAAUAG